GCGAGCGGCUGACCUCGUUCCUGGCCUGUGAUUGGCUGAGCCUGGGCACGUGACCUGAGGUCGAGAAGAUGGGCGAGCCGGGCCAGGGGUCAGUACACCUGGUGCCGUGUGAGACGCAGGACAUACCAGCGGCCAGCGCAGGCGUCGUCCCCCCUCCCGCCUCCGCCAUGCAGAAGACCUUCUACGAGACCUACCCGGCCCAGCCGCCGGCCUACACCUCCUACUACGAGAACGCCUUCAACAACGGCUACGGCUACGACAUGGCCGGCGCCGCCUGCGGGCAGUAUUACGACGAGUACGUGGACUACCGCGCGGCGUGCGGCCUCGCCUCCAACAUGAUGCCCCAGCACAUGGUGAUGCCCCAGGGCCACCACCAGCCGGAGUACGGCGCCUACAUGGCCGGCCCGCAGAUGGGCUACUGCGAGCCCUCGCCCGUGGGCUUCAACAAGGAGUACAUGGCGUGGGCGAGGGAGGCGCAGCAGCAGCCGCGCCCCCAGCCGGGCAAGAAGAGCCCCCGCCCGUGUCGGUCGCAGCCGCCCAGCCCCGCCCGUGCAGACGCAGGUGCCCGCGCUCCCGCAGCCCCACAGCCGCAGGCGCAGCACCAGCCCCCUCAACAGCCGCAGCAGCAGCCCCCGCCCUUGCAGCACAACACGGGCGUGCAGGGUCAGCCGCCGCAGGUCGUCACGCCCCCGAAUCAACUCACGCCCAUCUCGCUCCCGUCUGGCACAG